UCAAUUUUCAUCUAUUUUGGAUCACAUCAAAUAUCCUCUUCCCUCAGUUGAAGAUGAAAGCUUGCAAUUGCAUUCUACCCAUUAUUUACCCAACAAACCCAACCCCCAUAACCUCACUCUCAGCUUCUCUUUUCACUCCAAUGGCUUCCAUUCCCACUAUCUCUUCUUCUCUGCACACAAUAUCUCCUCACUCUUCAUCCCAUUCAAACCCAUCUCUCACAUCUCUCUUCGGAACCAGAAUCACCCUCCAACGCGCCACGUCAUCAACCCUUUUCCUCCUCAACAAGAAUUGUCGUGCGACAUCAGCAACUGUGUCGUUUAGCCUCCCAACCCCGAAACCCCUUUCGGAUACGCCCGAGAAAACCCCAAAGUGGUCGGCGAGGGCUAUAAAGUCUUAUGCAAUGGCGGAAUUGGAAGCGAGGAAGCUCAAGUAUCCCAACACAGGAACUGAGGCACUUCUCAUGGGGAUUUUGGUAGAAGGAACAAGUAGGGCUGCAAAAUUCUUAAGAGCUAAUGGAAUUACUCUUUUCAAAGUACGUGAAGAAAUAGUAGAACUACUUGGAAAGUCUGACUUAUAUUAUUUCAGCCCUGAGCACCCUCCAUUGACUGAACCAGCCCAGAAAGCCCUUGAUUGGGCAAUUGAGGAGAAAUUGAAGUCAGGUGAAGGAGGAGAAAUAAACGUGACAUAUAUACUUCUAGGAAUUUGGUCACAAAAAGAAUCUGCAGGUCAACUGAUAUUGGCUGCUUUAGGUUUCAAUGAUGAAAAGGCCAAAGAACUUGCUAACAUAAUUGAUGGAGAUGUUGAUUUGAGUUUCAAAAGGCAAGCAUAAGAAAUUUCUUUCAGUAGUGGUUGAUUGAUACCUGUUGACCCUUGGCAUUGCAAGUUCGUCUGGGGAAAAAAUUAACUAUACUCCCUCAAGUUUAUCAACAAGUGCCUGCAUUAAUGUGCUUUAGAUUUCAAUGUCAAAUAUUGUUGUACACCAAUUGGAGAUGAUGAAUUUUGCAUUUUUAAAAAAAAUUUAUACAAGUUUUGUGGAAGCCAAAUUUUUAAGCAGGGUGUGAUGGUAAAAUUGGUAAUCCCACUCUGCUUCAUCUUCCCCUUGUAACUUUAUCAUCCCUUUUGAACUUGAGUUGUAUCAGUACCAUUUUCCUAAAAGUUGGAACUUUUAUUUAUUAUGAAAUUAAUUGUAAUGGACCCUCAAAAAAUUUUAUGAUCUGUGAAGGAAAUGAUUGAUUUGUU